CAAAGAAACUAGAAGCCGUCUACAGCGACUCAGCGAGAGCCAGGCAAAGUGACUUCUAAGUUAGGACUUGCGACGCGAACGGAAAAAGCAGGAACGCCGUGUAGCCGUGUGGCGUGAGUGCUCUUACAGCCAGCGCCGGCCGCCUAUGCGCCUCUUAAAACCGAUUACUGAUUCGGCGUCGCCGCUGCCUGUAGCCUUUCCGGCUGUCCUCUUCAAAUCUCUAAUACAUAUUCCGGCAAUCCGGCUUCAUUGCUUCAAAAAGGUCUUUUUUUCUUACAGAAGAGCUCGCUGAUAUAGUGAUUUCUGCUCGGCUUCAAUCUGCGAUCACUAUCCCCAACGCCUUUCGAUGUUAGAUUCGUCCACAUAACCACUCAAACGAAGGUACAUAUGAUUCACAUCACUGAAACUGGAAAAUCAUGAAGAGCACAAGGUUUCCAGUGCGCUAUCAGAUUGUUUUGUUGACCUUCAUUUGUACAUCUGUCUGCUAUAUAGAGCGUGUUGGUUUUUCCAUUGCCUACACUGUUGCUGCUGAUGCUGCUGGUGUGAAUCAGGCUAGCAAAGGAAUGAUUCUGUCAUCAUUUUACUAUGGGUAUGCCUGCUCACAGGUCCCAGGUGGUUGGGCAGCCCAGAGAAUUGGGGGCAGGCGUGUUCUUCUCCUUUCGUUUGUCUUAUGGUCCCUAACCUGUGCAUUGGUACCCCUUGAUCCAAACAGAGAAGUGGUUUUAGUGAUUGCCCGCUUGCUUGUCGGUGUGGCCCAAGGCUUCAUAUUUCCUUCCAUUCACACUGUCUUAGCACAAUGGGUACCCCCACAUGAAAGAUCACGAUCCGUUUCUCUUACAACUUCUGGAAUGUAUCUAGGUGCAGCCAUGGGCAUGCUCAUCCUUCCUACCCUUGUAAAGUUCAGAGGUCCUCAAUCUGUGUUUUUAGCUGAAGCUGCUUUAGGUGGAAUGUGGUCCCUACUAUGGUUAAGGUUUUCUAGUGACCCGCCACACUCCGCUCAUCCAAAAGCAACUGCUGCUGGCUAUGGAGAAACCUUGCUGCCAAUCAAAGGAAGUGUGAAGAUGAAAGUAGAGCAUGGAGGGAAUCCUAACAGAAGUCCCAAAAUUCCAUGGAAGCAAAUUGUACUUAGCUUACCAGUUUGGGCAAUUGUUGUCAACAAUUUCACGUUUCAUUACGCUCUCUAUGUGCUCAUGAACUGGCUCCCUACCUAUUUUGAGUUAGGCCUCCAAGUCAGCCUUCAAGAUAUGGGAUCUUCUAAGAUGAUGCCUUAUUUCAACAUGUUCGUGUUCUCAAAUAUCGGCGGGGUGGCUGCCGACCACUUUAUCACAAGACGAAUCUUUUCUAUUACUAAAACGAGAAAACUUUUGAACACUCUGGGUUUUGUUGUGGCUUCAUUUGCACUGAUGGCUCUUCCUCUGUUCGAAACACCCGCUGGGGCAUUGUUUUGUUCUUCAGUGGCACUUGGUUUCUUGGCUUUGGGAAGAGCAGGGUUUGCAAUUAAUCACAUGGAUAUUGCUCCCAGGUAUGCUGGAAUUCUAAUGGGUGUUUCUAAUACAGCCGGAACAUUAGCUGGAAUUGUUGGAGUAGAUCUUACAGGACGUCUGCUUGAAUCUGCUAAGCGUUCUCGACUGGAUCUUACAAGCGCAGAAAGCUGGAUGGCUGUUUUUACCAUUCCAGGGUUUCUUUGUAUUUUCAGCUCUUUUAUUUUUCUAUUAUUCUCUACCGGAGAGCGAGUUUUUGACUGAGGAGGUCCUUGUGCUGUGCAUUCAUGUUAUCCUCAGUGAAGGUGCGUUUUGUUCCUUGACUUUCGUUUACAGCCUAAUCCUGAGGAGCCCAUUGGCCUCUAAUAUCGAAUGCCCGUAUGGAUAGAGUAUAUUGUAUCACUGAAUUGUACACGCACACAAAGAGAGAGGGAAGGGAAAGAUCAAGUCCGGUGUGCUAUGCCAGGCGAGUUCCAUUUUUUUCGUCCAAAAAGUAAUUAUAAGAGUCCAGAUUUUUUGUUCAUAAUUCAACCGUUUGAUCAUAUCAACUAUUCAAUUUUGGUGAGGGAAAUUUUAUUUGAAUUAUAAUUGAUCUUUGCCGUUGGAUAACAUCUAAAAGAGAAACACUGAGUUUCCAGUGUCUAUGUUUGACAAUUGAAGAUCUAAUGGUUGAAGUUAAUAGUUGAUACUAAUGAGCAUGAAAAAACUGAACUGUUGACCAAAACUGAAGUUUGCUUUAUCAAAUUCCCGUUAGGCUGGUCUGAGAGGAAUAUAUUAUAUAUCUAUACAAAACAUAUAUGGUCUUUUCCCACCUUUCUGGCCACUCUCUCUCCUCACACACAAUAUAUGUAUACAUGUAUGUAUGUAGGCAUUUAUGUUUAUGCUGCUGGAACCUUUUGAAACACAACUGUAAUUGUAUCAUUGUCUAGACAUUCUCUGCCUCUU